GAAAGAAAUUAGGAGCUGAUUCUCUUGACGAGUUGCUUGAAUCAAUCAACCAUGGCCUCUCAAGAAGUGUCACAGACCAUAAGUCUGAAGGUUGUGAUGGACAAGGAGAAGAACAGAGUUGUAAUGGCUGAAGCUGACAGUGACUUGGUGGACAUUCUUUUAAGCUUCUUGACUAUGCCAAUGGGAACCAUAGUGAGACUCAUUAGCAAACAACCAGAGCCUGCCAUUAUUGGGUCCAUGACCAGUCUAUACAAAGCGGUGGAGAAUCUUGAGGAGCAGCUUCUGCAGACUCACAUAUGCAAGUCCAUGCUACUUGAUCCAAGGAAUCCUUCUGGAAAAGAGUGCUUGAGACUGAAACUGAACAUUGAUGACACAAAGCCCAAGUACUACAUUUGCUGCCGAAACUAUAGUACUUUCAAGAAUGUUGCAUGCAAUUAUUGCAGGAAAAUGAUGGACAAGGUGAUAUACAUGGAAAAAGAAGAUCCCGAAGGAGAUGGAGAAGUGUUUGUUUGUGGACUGACCAAGUUCAUGGUAACCGAUGAUUUACAUGUAGAGCCCAUGGCCCCAGCUACCAUUUUGACACUGUUGCACAAACUUGGGAUCAAAGAUAUGAGUUCCCUCCAAGAGACAACACUGAGUAUUGGCUCCGAGGAGAUCCUGCAUCUGCUCAAGGGAUCUUUAUUUUCCAAGACACCUCUGACAGAUUUGUUUCUUAGAAAGCAAGGAUUCAUAUCUGAAAGCCUAAAUUUUGAGAGAGGAGAUGCAAUGGAGUCUAAGAGUGAAAGUAUUUUAUUGAAAUCUCCACUAGAUAUGACUAUGAAGUUAACGAUGAGUAAGUCGAUGAACAAAGCAUUAUAUGCUGAAAUUAGCGAAGACAUGGGUAACUUUCUCCUCAGCUUGCUUACCUUGCCUCUUGGAUCCAUUUUACAACUAUUGAAUGGGAAUUCAUCACUGGUAUCCAUGGACAAUCUGUACAAGAGUGUGGAAUGUUCAAAAGUUACGAGGGAUGAUAGUAUAAGAGAUCUGCUGCUGCACCCUGGCCUCUGCCGUCCUUCCUACAAUCCACUAGGAGUGAAUGUAAUUGAUCUGCCUUAUUCCUUGUGGUUGACAAGUUAUCAAAAUCCACAAAAUAAAGAUAAUAACCCUCACACUAGCUACCUGACUACUAAGCAGCAGUCUAAUCGCGGUCGUACAAAUGAACAAUGCUAUUGUUUAACGAUUAAUUCUCAAACAAGUCAAAUUGCAGGUCGAGGAUUUCUCAAGGGACCGGCAACUUUCAUGGUAACAGACAAUUUGGUUAUCACUCCACUAGUCUCUAUGUGGAGUUUCUCCUUUCUUAAAAGCAUGGAGGUUCCCCUAGAUGACUUGGAGGUUCGGAUGGUUAGCAUUGGCACAGAGCAGGCUUUGAAGUUAUUGAAGGCUUCUCUCAUCUCCAAAUCGGUAUUGACUGAUGUCUUCAUCAACCCUGGCCGAAAGAGACCCAAGCAAGAAAAAUAAACCCUGAUGAGGAAAUCAUAGGAUUUGAGCCAAUAGUCUAGAGUUCAGUGACUUUUGUAAGGAUCGUUUGAUUUAAUUAACUUGCUUGUAAACCAUGGAUUUGUGUUUGGCUUCGAUGUUCCCCUUAUAGAAAACUAUCAUAUGGUAAAUAAGAUUAAUGGCUUCU